AAAAACAAGAAGAUUGGACGGCACUGCCUCCCGGGCUUGUCCGGAGCCACAGCUCCUGUUGUGCCAGUGUGGCACGACGGGCACUUGAUCGCCGAGCUUGUCGCGUUUGAUGUCGACGGGCCGGUGGUAGCGGGAAACGGGGAGGGGAGUGCUGCUGCCCUCCUUUUGAUCAGCCUUGGGGCGGCAUUGAGCGAAAGGAUGUGUUACUGA